UGACGUACUUCCUGCGUUUGAUUGGAUGCGCAGGAUUUCAAGAUGUCUGCUACCAUGGUGGAGCAUGUUGUGGCUGAUGCGGGAGCUUUCUUAAAAAAGGCACCGUUACAGGAUAUCGGGAAGAAUAUUUACACCCUGAAGGAUGUCGUUGAGGAAAUACGGGACAAGCAGACCAGACGAAGUCUCGCUUUUCUGCCAUAUAAACUUAAUUUCAAGGAACCCUUCCCAGAAUACAUUAGACUAGUGACUGAAUUCUCCAAAAAAACUGGAGACUACCCCAGCCUCUCAGCCACCGACAUCAAAGUAUUGGCUUUAACUUACCAGCUAGAAACGGAAACCGUUGGAUCUGCACACCUGAAAAAAGACCCGGACGUUAAAAUCACUUUAUGCGGCACACAGCGCCACCCAGAGGCCCCUGUUGACAUUGCAGGGUUUCAUCUUCCAUCGAAGGCAAUACUGGGAAAACCAACUGCGCCCCCCCAGAGCGUUCAGGAUACUGAAAGUGCAGAGUUCAACAGCUUCCAGUUCUGGAGGAACCCCCUGCCCGCCAUUGAAUCUGACCUGCUGGACCUGCUGGGACAGGAUUUACAGCCGCAGUCUGAAGCGGAGAAUGCUGAGGAAGUCGGAGGGUUCAAGGAGGGUAAUGAAUUGGACGAUGAGGAGGAAGAGGAUGAUGACGGUGGAGGCUGGAUCACUCCCCAUAACAUCAAACAGGUCCAGAUGGACAUGGGUGUGUUUGAAUCUCCUACAGAUAUCAGAGUUGGCUGUGUGACCACUGACUUUUCCAUGCAGAACGUUCUCAUUCAGAUUGGGCUACAUGUCCUGUCUGUGAAUGGGAUGCUAAUCAGACAGACCCGGAACUACAUUUUGCGCUGCCAUGCCUGCUUCAAAACCACAACAAACAUGACCAAGAUCUUCUGUCCGAACUGCGGGAACAAGACGCUGAAGAAAGUUGCAGUGACGAUCAAUGAGGAUAGCAGCAUGCAGAUGCACUUCUCCAAGAACCCCAAAGUGCUUAACCCCCGGGGUCUGAAGCACUCCCUGGCCCUGCCGAAAGGGGGCAAGCACAGCAGCAAUCCUCACCUUGUGGAGGACCAGCGAUUCCCCCAGCAGCGACUGUCUCGCAAAGCCAGGCAGAAAACCGAUGUCUUCGACCCAGAUUACGUGGCCAGUGGCUCCCCUUUCGCCGAGAAUGAUAUCUACAGCCGGGCCGCGAACCUGCAGCUGCGGGAUUCUCAAUGUGGAGGGGGGCGUCGCCGUGCUAACCCUAAUGCGGCACGCAAGAAAUUUGUCAGGAACAAGUAACGGCUGUUUGCAAUGGGGGGGGGGGAUGUAACUAGUGUCCUAAGGCCACCAGGUGUACUGCUUGUGAUGCAGGGUUAACUUGGUUGUUUCUCAAACUCAUCAACUAUUCAGUUCAGUCCCCUAGUAAUGGCUAAAUCAAGCUUCAUGAACCAUUUGCUGUAUUUUCUGACCCCACUAGAUGGUGCUCUUGGUUAACUUUGGGGCAUGCUUUGAGCCUUUUUUUGAACAGAGAGCACCAUCUAGUGGUGUCAGAAAAUACAGCAAAUGGUUCAUGAAGCUUCAUUUGGCUGUCACUGCUGUCCCCCAUGUUUAUACUGCUGGACUAAGGCUAAAGCUGGUACAGGUUUUACUGGCUUGAUUGUGCUGGAGGGAGGCAGACAGCCAGGUUGCCAGGAAUUAACCUUCACGAGCUGCGAAUUUCGGUCCAGAGAAACUUACGAGCAUUAGAUACUAAUGCAUUUUUUUUCAAGUUCUGAAAUGUUUUGUAAAUGUACACUUGCCCUUUUUAAAACUCAAAGCAAUAAACCCAUAUUUAAUAUCAGAA